AUGGCCGCAAACGAGCGCGUUCGCGUCCGGGGCCUCACCAUCAGCCGGCCUAUCAUCUAUGGAAACACAGCCAUCGUCCUCACCCCGAAGGAGCGCGAGGCGCUGAGCUCGCCGGACCACACCCACCGGUGGACGGUCGCGGUGCGUAGCGCCGCCUCCGCGCCCGACUCGGACAUCGUCGGCGGGGCGGACGACCUCAGCUACUUCAUCAAACGCGUCACCUUCAAGCUGCACGACACGUAUCCCAACCCAACACGCAACGUCGACAAGCCUCCAUUCGAGGUCUCAGAAACAGGAUGGGGUGAGUUUGAGAUCCAGAUCAGAAUCACCUUCGUCGCCGAGUCGGGCGAGAAGGCUUUCUUCACCUACCACCACCUCAAGCUGCACCCCUGGACCGUCGUUGGCAGUACCGAGCCCGAUAUCCCUCCGAUCGAAGCUGCCAUGAAGAUGGGCCCUGUACACUCGUGGCAGUACGACGAGAUCGUGUUCAACGACCCUUUCCAGUCGUUCCUCAAUAUCCUCACGGCGCACCCGCCCACGCCGCUACCGAAGCACACCCGCCGGCCCGUGCCCUUCCACACGGCCAACCCUGCAUCCCUAGAGGCCUCCAAAGGCGGUGUGCCCGAGUUCACGCAGCAGAUGGAACGCGAGGAGGCUGAGCGAUUGGAGACUGCACGGAAAAAGGUCGUCGCCGAGACGGAUUCAUGGCGGCAGAAACUCAUCGAGAAGGAAAAGGAGCUCGAAAAGCUCAAAAAGCAGCUUGAGGCCACGGCAUAG